AUGCGCUCCUUCACCCAAAUCAUCACCGCGCUCUUCGCGCUCCUCGUCUGCGCCUUCGCCCAGGAAGACCAGUACGACGCCACCGUCUACAUCACCAGCACCGUCUACCGCGUCAACACCGUGACCGCGUCCUCGUCAUCCCCCGCCGGCUACACCGCCGCAAACAGCACCAGCACCAUCUCCGCCACGCACCCCACCAUCGUCCCCUCCAUGGCCAUGCCCACUGCCUCCGGCCCCAUGGCUAGCGCCUCCGCCUCCGCGCCCCCUCAGUUCGAGGGCGCCGCUUCCUCGCUCCAGAUCAACGGGAUGGUUGUUGCGCUUGCGGCUGGUGUCGGGUACCUCGUUCUAUGA